AUGUUUUUGAAGCCAUCUACGAUCCACGCUUUAGGUCAGUCGUAUAGAAGAGGGAAUUUCCUCGGAUUAGGCCCCAAAUCUUCUUUUGUGAAUGCAGUUCCCCAGUUUGCUAAGAGACACCAUUCACAUUCUCAUAAUAGCACUUCAUGUGAUGGACAUUCGCAUUCACAUGGCUCAGGAACCGACGAUAUACCCGAAAAGAAAGUACACCAUUUUUACGAGUACACUCCCGAGACAGGUACUAGGAAAACUGUUGCGAUUAAAGGCGAAAAAGUUAUCUACGAUCCUGAAGAUAAAAUUGCACCCCAAACACGUGAAGGUCCUGGUCAUGGCCACAGCCACGCCGAGUUCCCAGAGAUGGAUUUGAUGGAUUUCAAUGGGGAUGAUUACACAAUCAAUGUCAAUCCCAAAAAAAGGAGUGCUUGGACAAAAGUCAAGGAUUUCUUCAAUCCACAUACUCCUCUGGCUGAGAUGAUGGGAAGCCAUAGUCAAGAGCAUUCGCACACACAUUCACAUGUAAAUGAUGCAGAAACUUUGAAAUUAUAUGAUCCAAAGAAUUUGGCGGAUGAAGGUGUUAAAAUUACUUGGAUUGGCUUUGGUGUCAAUUGCGGUAUGGCAGUUACAAAAUUUGCCGGUGGGUUUUACUUUCAUUCACAGGCCUUGAUAGCUGAUGCAGUUCAUGCUGUCGGCGACCUAAUUUCAGAUGUUUUAACCCUCACCACUGUAAGAUUUACUAAUAAGAAGCCAGAUAAACUAUAUCCUUUUGGCUACGGUAAAAUCGAAACCUGCGGUUCCUUUAUGGUGUCAUUUAUCCUAUUAUACGCUGGUUUCCAAAUUGGUUGGAGCUCAUUCUAUGAGAUUGUUGCUCCCAUUGUUCCAAAUGCAAUUCAUGAUCUUAUGGCACUGGUUCCGGUCCAUUCACAUAACCACGUGGAUGUGUCUAAUGUUAUUUCUGAAUCCGCCGCUCAUGUUCACUCACAUGAUCAUGCCGAAGCUACAGUUCCGGCCGGUACCCCCGAGGUUGCAAAUAUCAACGCAGCUUGGUUGGCGCUAGGUUCAAUUGCCGUUAAGGAAUGGUUAUUUAGAGCGACCAGAAAUGUGGGAGAAAGGUUGAAUUCGAAGGUUCUAAUUGCAAAUGCUUGGCACCACAGAGUGGAUUCAUUGACUUCCGUAGUCGCUGUUGCAACCAUUUCAAGUGGUUACUUCUUGGGAGUUUAUUGGUUAGAUGCUGUUGGUGGUUUAUUAGUUUCUAUGCUCGUAAUGAAGGUCGGUAUUUCUGGUGUUGUUCAAUCAUUUAAAGAGUUGAUCGAUAAGGCUCUACCUGUAGAUGAUACAAGAUAUAUGAAAAUAGAAGAUUCCAUCAAUGUUAUCCUGAUGAAGAAAGACAGUCACGUUUUAAUCAAAGAGUUGAAUAUUUUACCGUCGGGUACUAAUCUCAACCUUGUGGUCAAGCUUGGUGUUUCCCCAUUCAACGCUGAAUACGAGAAAAGACUCACUCUGGAACAAAUGGGCUCAAUAGCUGAUUUUCUCAAAUCUGAACUGAGUAAGGAAUUCCACAACAUUAAGCAUACUUCUGUUCAAUUCAUCUCUAAUAAACAGGAGGCUGAGGAAGGCGCCGAGGAGAAUCAGGAAAACGAAGAGGAAUCGAUCGACAAAGCCAUUUCCGAACCUACACAAUCUAAGAAGGCUUGA